AAAUCGAUGAACAGAUUUUUUUACAAAGGUCACCAAGAAAUUACGUAGUUGAGCAUAUAAGUGCAUCCCUUCGCGGCGUCUUUAUUAAUUGUAAAACAUACGUUUUCCUAUACCAUAAUGUAUAUAUUGGAAUAACCCAUGCUAGGAAAGCGAGUGGCCGUAGAUGAAGCUCGUGUACCAUGGAUGUUACAUAUACGUAUAAUGAGCGCAUGUGUCAAACGACAAGCGGUCGCGAAGAAUCGAGAAUGUCCUAGCGUGAAAUACUCGCGCCUCUUCUUCUGCCUCUGAUUGGCUCGCUAGGUCAGCGUGUUGUAACUCGUACGGUUCCUGCACGCUGAGAGCCGAGGACGACGCGCCAGAAUGCCCCCCCACCACCGUUCGCGAAGGCUCUCAGCUCACGCGAUCAGUGAAUCAGUCUAAUUUGACCAACUUCCGAGGUCAGUGCACGUCCGUGUUUAUGUGAGCCUUCAUAAGCUGGGGCGCACAAAUAUAAGUGGAUGUAAUACGAGACUGACUGGUACAUUUUAACGUAAAAAUUUAGUUUGGUGUAUGGCAGUAAAACGAUGUAUGCCAUUGUUGAAUUCGUGGUUGGCGAGAAGCGAGAAUGUGCAUUAGUGCCAGUUUUGUGUCUGGUGGAUAAUAAUACCAUCUGCUACUGGCCACGCACGAAGAAUGAGGAGCAUUUCCUAAAAUUAGUCAAAUCAAAGGCAAUAUAUCAGAAAACAUGGCCCAAGUAUCCUGUUCACAACGUUCUGCAUACUGGAGAAAGCUUCGACGCACUACAAAAGACGAUGACGCACAUCAUAGAACACGGUACAUCCGAGGAAGAUGGCACAGUUUACACCAUUAGUAAGAAAUCCACAGGGCAUUGUUAUGAAAGAGAGUCGCAGAGCAAUGAUGAAGAUGAAGAGGGCAGUGAUGAAGCUGUCGUACGUGAAAAUAUAUCCAAAAAGCGUAAACAUACAAAGAAAUCCAAGAAGAGCAAAAAGAAGAAGGUAAAGCGUCAACGUGAGACGUCUUCAGAUACUGCAGAUGAUACAUCAUCAGUUGAUGAAAAUUCUCCAGCAACACACCAUCCCACUUCGAACCCACGACAGAAUUUCAACAUAUCCAAUGCAUCACCUGUUAUCGUUUCUGUAAAUGAGACAGCUCGCCCUUCAGCCCACAGUUUUACAAGGUCGGUAACUGAAUAUGACCUAUCAACGUCACAAACUUUAGCCUCAAUCUCGAAUUUGGUAGCUGAAGCUGCAGCUGUAGUUGCAUCCCGAAAUCCACUGAGGCCCAUUGACGAGAAAGCUCUACAAUAUUUGGAACGUAUAAAAUCUUGUGUAGACCAGAAUCAACUCAUGCUGAGGAAAAUCAUAUCGAGGCAGCAAGCAACUAACGUGGACAGCGUACAAAGGCCAGAGGUAUUUCCAACGCUUCCAAUUGAAACAAUGGAAGAAUUUGCGAACCUCGAAGAACUUCUCAAAUCGAAUGAGCAUCGAAUAUACCUGACACAAAAACUAUCCUCUAUUGGAGGCACAAGUGGCCGUCAAUGCGUAUUGGCUGUUCUCAAGUCAUUACUAACAAACGAAUUAGCCAUGCAGUUCAAUUGGGCUGGUAGAGAUAAAAUUGCUUUCCAAAAGACACUGGUGAUGCAAGUUAUUUACGAUGCUGUUAAAGCUACUUUCCAUGGUAAGGAAUUAGUAAGCGAUAUCAAGGAAGCGAAUAUUGCAGCUGCAGUUAAAGAUUGGUUGAAACUCGCUCGAUCGCGAUACUCCUACGUACCUAAAAGACGCCUUCAAUAGUAUCUGUGUUCUCUUCCGAAAUAAUGUGUCAAUACUUUUUCUAACUCACUCUGCCAGGAUUGUGAUUUUUUUUCAAGUCCCAAGAGAAAGCUAACGAUUUUCCUCAUUGAGGUGUAUCCACUGUAUAAUUAGUUUGUUUUAUGUUUCAUUCGUUGUCAAACCACUCGUAUCCGAUACAAGUUUUUGUUUGUUUAGAUUUACUUAAGUUUACUGUAUGUUGUACUUCUAUACUCAAGUCCGGAGUAAAUGAAAGAUAACGAUUUUCCUCAUUGAGGUACAAUCAUUGUAUGAUUAUUUUGUUUCAUGUUUUAUUUGUUAUCAAAGUACUCGUAUCGGAUACAAGUUUUUGUUUGUUUAUAUUUACGUAAGUUUACUAUUUGCUAUAGCUACUAUACUCUUGUGAGUAUAUCUAUGCAAUGUAAGUAUACGUAUUUGUAAAAGACUGUGUGUAUAUUACAUCCCUGUCAACUUUGACGGAUUAGCAGUGAUAUCGAGGAAGUGAAUGCUCCAGCUGCGGUCGAAUAAUAAUUAAAACUUAUGCGUACUGCGUACCUAGACAACGCUUUCUAUAGCGUCUGUGUUCUUUUUUGAAAUAAUGUGCCAAUACUUUUUAUUAUUUUACUUUGUCAGGAUUGUGAUUUUUUACCUAGUCCCGAGAUGAAAGCUAACGAUUUUCCUCAUUGAGGUGUAACCAUU